AUGCCGCGCCGUCCGAGGGCUGCCCGUGGCGACGGUGGCGGCGGCGGCGCUGCCGAGGACGUGAAGAUGGAGGACUUCGUGGAGUCGAUGCUCAACUUCGGCGGCGGCGGGGGAGAUGAGAGCGAGGACGGGGAGCAGCUGCCACCGUCGGGGGAGGCGACGGGGUACAAGUCCAAGAACCUGGACGCCGAGAGGCGGAGGAGGAGCCGGCUCAACGGCAACAUCCUCGCGCUCAGGGCCGUCGUGCCCAACAUCACCAAGAUGAGCAAGGAGUCCACCUUGUCGGACGCAAUCGAUCACAUCAAGAAGCUCCAGAACGAGGUCCUUGAGCUGCAGACCCAGCUAGCAGACUCCCCAGGCGAGGCCCCGGAGAAGCAAGGCAGCGCGUCGUGUUCAGAAUCGUUCGCCCCCACGGACAGCAUCCAUUACCAGGGUCAGGUUGAGCUGAUACCUCUGGGUUCAUGCAAGUACAACCUCAAGAUAUUUUGGACCAAAAGGGCAGGCCUCUUCACCAAGGUGCUGGAGGCACUCUACAGCAACAAUGUGCAAGUGCUUAGCUUGAACACCAUCACCUUCUAUGGUUAUGCAGAGAGUUUCUUCUCCAUUGAGGUGAAGGGUGAGCAGGAUGCUGUGAUGGUGGAGCUAAGGAACAUCCUCUCCAGUAUUGUGGAGGUUCCAAGCAUUUGA